UCAAUAUUUUUUAUAUCUAUUCCAAAAAGAAUUCAUGCUUCUUUUUCCAUUAUUCACUUAUUAUAAUAAGUAGAAAUAAGAAUAAAACUUGAACCGCAAAUUACACUUUACUCUUUGCCCAUUUUGCUUGCCUCUUCUCUUUGUCUGAUGGAGCAAUCCGAGAACUCAACGACCCACGUUCAUCAGGAAGCUGAAGAAGAACCGAACCCGACCCAUCAGUUCAUGCUUCCUCCCGGUUUGACACCGGAAGAAUCCGAUGAGCUCAAAUCAAGUGUAACCGACUUCCACUCCUACCAAGUCAACUCAUCCCAAUGUUCUUCUCUACUCGCACAACGCAUCCACGCGCCGCCUCACGUCGUCUGGUCCGUCGUCCGUCGUUUCGAAAAGCCUCAGAUAUACAAGCACUUCAUCAAAAGCUGUUCCGUCGCAGAGAAUUUCUCCAUGGUCGUGGGGGCCACGCGCGAUGUCAACGUCAUCUCCGGUUUACCGGCGAAUACAAGUACGGAGAGGCUCGAUUUAUUGGACGACGAAAAGUACGUCACCGGUUUCAGUAUAAUUGGUGGUGAACAUAGAUUGAAGAAUUACCGGUCAGUUACUAGUGUACAUGGAUUCGAACGCCAUGGGAGAAUCUGGACCGUUGUUUUGGAAUCGUACGUCGUUGAUGUGCCUGAAGGGAAUACUGAAGAAGACACUCGUCUUUUUGCUGAUACAGUUGUCAAAUUGAAUCUUCAAAAAUUAGCCUCCGUCGCCGAAGCCAUAGCUCUUGGUGGUAACGGUGAGAUCUCAUAAAAUUUGAAGUUUAAUUUAUUUCUCUUCAUCUUAAUUUUCUUUUUUCUUUUCCAUGGGCUAAAAUCAUGGAAAAAUAUUGUGUUUCUAAAAAAGUUCAUGGAAGAUAAUCAGAACGAUAUCCUUCACACGUUCAGUUUGAUUUUAUCGUAAUUAUACUGUAUUAGAUUAAUUUAUUCGAUCUGGUUGUGUAUUGGGUCGACGCUGAUGUAAAGAAUGAGGAAAUGAUAUAAGAUGAAGAUGUUGUAUUUCUGUAAUUUUGUUUUAUGAAAAGAACAAAAAGAAAUCGUUUUAACUUUUUUCAA